AGGCAAAAAACACAUAAACACCCCCCUUUCCUUGUUCAUGGCUGCGUUCCCACCCGCUUCCCGUGCCAGGGGGCAGCCGGUCAGCCGCAGCUUCCUGAUGGUCAAUCAUUAAUCCCACAUCCCCAUUCCAUUUCCUCUCCUUGGUUAUAAAAGGGGUGCUUUCCUUGGGAGACAGGGAAAAAAAGGAGCAAGCAGACAUGGCCCCCACAAAGGGUCAACGCCGCCUGUCCCUGUGCCCGGGGCCUCCUGUGGCCACUAUCCCUUUUGGAGACCUGCUGGAAGAAGUUGGCAGCAUGGGGACCUUCCAGAUUUUCUCGGUCCUUUUCCUUUCGCUGCCCGUGUUGUUCCUCGCCAGCCACAACCUGGUGCAGAAUUUCAGCGCUGCCUCUCCAGAGCAUCGGUGCCAUGUGACGCACCCAGGAAACAUCUCCCAGCAAGAGCAUCUGGUGCCUCUCGGUCAGGACCUGAAGCCUGACAGUUGCCAGCGCUUCGCCGGGUGGCUGGCGCCUGACUCCAACGACACCUCGGGCAGGGCUGCGGAGCUCGAGCCGUGCCUGGAUGGGUGGCAGUACGACCACAGCACCUUCGCCUCCACCAUUGUGACUGAGUGGGACCUGGUCUGCAACCUCCAGCCUCUGAAGAGCCUGGCCCAAUCCCUCUUCAUGGCGGGGGUCCUGGUGGGGGCCUUCAUCUUGGGAGAUCUCUCAGACAGAUUCGGACGCCGGCUGAUCCUUAUUUGGUCGUUGCUGAUGGUGGCUGCCAUGGGAACGGGCGCAGCCUUCUCAAAUAGCUUUUUGGCCUACUGCAUCUUUCGCUUCCUGAGCGGCAUAGGGAUCUCCGGAUUCCUGCUGAAUUACAUCUGCCUAAGUCUGGAAUGGGUGCCCACCAAAUACCGGGCCAUGGUGGUGUCCAUCCAGAGCUACUGCAGCACAGCUGGACAGGUGCUCCUGGGAGGCUUGGCGUAUGCCAUCCGCGACUGGCGCUGGCUACAGCUGGCCAUCUCGGCCCCAUUCUUCGGCUUCUUCGCCUAUUCCUGGUGGCUUCCAGAAUCGGCCCGGUGGCUCCUCCUGAACAACGAGCGCGAAGCCGCCCUGCGCAACCUGAAACACGUGGCAAGGAUCAACGGAAAAGCCGCUGCAGGGGAAGCGGUGGUCCUGGAGAUGCUGGAGACCCAGACAGGUGGUAGUUCUCCAGGACGGGGCAAUCACUCUUGCUUGGACCUCUUCCGCACCCCUGGGCUGAGACGCAUCAGCUGUUGUCUCAUGCUGAUCAGUUUCUCCAUGAACAUGGCCUAUUUCGGGCUCUCCAUGGACCUCUCCAUUUUUGGCCUGAACGUCUUCCUGGUGCAGCUCUUCUUCGGAGCAAUAGACCUGGUGGCCAAGAUGGCGUGUGCCUUGCUGCUCAGCUAUGUUGGCCGGCGCCUCAUCCAGGCCAUUUCUCUCAUGCUUGCAGGGAUGUUCCUGUUGUUCAGUCUUCCUGUCCCUUCCGAUAUGUUGAUGGUACGUCUUGUCUUCGUGGUACUGGGUAAAGGAUGCUUAGCAGCUUCUUCCAUGUGCCUCUACCUCUACGGGGGGGAGCUCUUCCCAACAGUCAUCAGGCAAACAGGCACCAGCUUCAUCACAAUGAUGGCUCGCCUGGGCGGCAUCGUAGCCCCAGUGGUCCUGAUGGCUGGGGACUACCAGCCCUUCCUGCCCCUGGUGAUAUUUGGGGUCACACCCAUCAUUUCAGGCAUUUCUGCUGUCUUACUCCCUGAAAUGUUUAACGUCCCACUGCUGGACACAGUGGAAGAGGUGGAAGAAAGAGCUAGAUGGAAAUCUAAAGCCAUCCUUGCAGAGUCGCCGGAGAAGAGCUCAGCUCACGUCAUCCAGUCAACCCGCCUUUGAGUUUCAGCAAAUCAGGAUCUGGGAUCUGUCUCAAGGCACGGGCAUUGCAGGACCAGGAUCCAGUCCUGCUCCAAGGACAGCGAUCUGCAAGCGGGCCCUUCCAGUGGGUUAGCAGGUUGCCAAGAUUGCUAAGCGCCCAUAUUCUUGGAAGGAAAAGGAACAGAAAUAAUGUUGGCAUUUGCAGCAUAGAAGAACAUUCAAAGUCCAAGAUGUUCUUCUGGCAUCUGGAAGCAAAUGGACUUUCCUAGUGGUGCGUCUUCUCUCUUCUCAAGGAAACCAACUUUGCUCCCAUUUUGGUGCCAGACAAUGACUAAGAGAAAAAAAAAAUCAUGGCCUUUGAAUUCUUAAAACAAUUAUUUUAAUGCUGUCAGACGCGUUCUAACAUGGAUGUUGGGGUGUGUGUGAUUAAUUGUGGGUCCCUAAGGCGGUGCCUGCAGAUCACCUUCCUCAUCCCCACCUUUGUCCGAGUUCUCCAUCUCGGUUGCUCCAACAUGGUUGCUCCAACAUGGUCAUCUUGAGCACCACAGGGAUGCUCCGAGCCCUGGAGAGAGGUAAUACUGGGAGAUCUGGUUUUCAAGGAAUAGCCGAGGCCCUGGAAGCUAAGCACUUUAGGAAAAAUCUGGGAUCCUGCAAACGCUGAAAUGUGGGGCGAAUGCUGGAAGAUUUCCUCCAAGCUGUGAGACAAUGUGGGCAAAGACACAGAACGGCUCUUCCUGUCUUGCAGGGCAGGGGCCCCAAACUGCACAGGGACCCGCCUGCCUGGCUAGUUUUGAAUGCUAUUUAUUUGGUGUCUUUUCUAGUGGAAUGUCAAUCAAUAAACAGAGGCUUCUGUUUUUUCUA